AUGUCACCACCAGCACCAGCGCCGUACACUCGCCCGGUCUUCACGGGGGACAUCUCACCUGCAGUCCAGGACGAGAUCUCGAGCUUCUCGAAGGUCGUGAUGGAAAAGGGCGCGUUCGCGCGCUCGACAGGCUCGUCGCUCGUCCUGACAGAGGUCGGCGUGUUCCAGCGGGAGAAGGACGGCAAGGCGCACGCGCGCAUCACGUACCAGACCACCGUGCACGACGAGAUGCUGAACAUCGGCGGGAACAUGCACGGCGGCUGCGCGGUGUACAUGAUUGACAUAUGCUCGUCCAUGGCCCUCGCAGUCCUUGGCAUGGCCACCGGGAAACCAUGGAACUUCGUCUCGCAGGCUAUCAACACCACCUUCCACGCGCCCGUACCGCUUGGCGCAAGGAUUGAACUCGUGAACACGACGGUGUCGUUUGGGUCGCGCACGGUGUCCGCUAUCACCGAGAUUUGGGAUAUCACGAACAACCGUCUGUGUGUAACGGGAGUACAUAACAAGAUGAAGCCGUCAGACCCCAAGCCUCAAGCGAAGCUGUGA